UGACAGCCGAAGCGCAACUUUUCCCCAGGCAAAGUGAAAUCAAGCCGCGGACUCGGACAAAAUAUAGUCCCCGUUUUUCAACUUAAAAUUGCCGAACCGAACCCGAACCCGAGUCGGUAGCGGACUCGUCGAGGCUCGUCGGCCUCCGGAGAGGACGUUGGCGGAGGACGGAGCUCUUUGUCUCGGCUUUGGAGCACUUUUCGGCCGGGCGGAAAGUGUGUGAUGAGUCCUGGGCUGUAAAAGAAGCGAGAACUUGCUGUGCAGCCUGAGUAGUUCUUCUUUCAAUUGUUAUUGUGGCUUUUAAAACAUCUUUAAUUCACUUUAAGUUGACGUGAGCCGCGUCCAAAGUGGAACCAAAGUGGGUUUCCGCUCGGAACAUGGAACUCCAAGGCCUGCACGAGGCGCUGAAAGUAGAAAUCCAGUGUCAUCAUCAGGAUGGAGAUCUUAAGAAACAGCUGCACGACAGACAAACCAGAAUAACAGCCGCGCUGAGCGACAAACAGAAACUGGCGGUCAGAAGUUGUCCCAUCGGGACGCCCAAACCUUUGUCGCUCAUCAAGCCUCCCAGUCAGGGCAUCACCAUCUCUGUGGUGCCGGCCAAGGCUCCCGUUUCCAUGGUGACCGCACACAUUAAUGGACAGAAGGCGGCGAGCUCGGAGGCACUACAGACGUCCCCCAUCAACCUCGGGACCGGUGGCAGGGCAGCGGCUGGAGUCCAGUCGUUCAGCAGCAGGAGAGCCGGAGAGCUGCCUCCCUCUCAGAUGCUGGGUGCUCUCACUGCUGUGCCCAUCAAGGUGCCUCAGGUCGGCUCCCUGCACCGGCUGGCAGGACAAGCAGCCACUGUGCUACCUCAGGUCAGGCCAAAGACCCAGAUUCCCGACAGCCUUCCCCACAGUCCCUGUCAGGAGCUGCAGCCGCUUAGCCUGCAGAGGGCGACGGCUGUGGUCAGUCCUAAAAGCCAGGGCCCAACGCUGCCCACCGCCAACUGCACCUUCAACACCGAGUACCAACCCAAUGGACAGGCUGACAGCUCGCCGCCGCCCACCAUCUUGACAGUGGCUGCAGACUCUAACAACCCUACCCAGCACGCCUCGGCAGGCCCUGGCGUGGCGUACGCCAUCAUUGCUGCUUCUCCCGCCUCCAGUAACGGGAUGUCAACUGUCAGCGAGGCUGUGAAGGUGAUAAUAAUCCAACCACAGGCCCCCAGCAGCACCGAGGGCCCGACUGUGAUGCAGGCUGACCUUUCCUCCCAGGAAGCCCCGCCCACCCCAUCACUCCCAACACCAAAAAAGGAGGAAGAUCCAGAGAAAGUCGCCUUCAUGGUUGCCCUCGGCCUCGUUACCACGAAUCAGCUAGAAGAAAUCCAGACAAAGCGUCAGGAGAGGAAGAGACGAAGCACAGCUAACCCCGCCUACAGCGGCCUGUUUGAACCAGAGAGGAAACGUCUCCCAUCGAGUUUCCUGAACAGCGCCCUCUUCCUGUCAGCACAAGACUCUGAGGACCUCUGCUGGAAGGACGACUUGGAGCAUGAGGAGCUCUGUGCCGUCUGUAAACAGGACGGCGAGCUGCAGCCGUGCCACAACUGCCCUCAAACCUUCCACCCAAACUGCCUCCACCCGCCGCUCAGAACCCCGCCCAGGGGGCCCUGGUACUGCCCCAAGUGUCAGAAGAAGGUUCUGAACAAGGAGAACACGUCAUGGCCACAGAACUUUGUUCAGUCCUACAUCACACACAAGUCUGUGCGACAGGAGGAGAAGCGACGGCUGCUGAGACGAAACGGAGAGUUGAAGAAAGAGUGCGCUCACCUGGAGGAGGAGGACAAGAACCUCAAUAAGACAUUCAAACGCUGUAUGGACGUGAGGGACAGACUGCUGGGACAGCAGAGAGACACGCAGGCCUCGCUCGACCGCCUCAAAUCACUCAUCAGGCUCAUCCAGCGAGACCAGCUCAUCCAUGUCACCAUGACGACCAUCGCCACCUCCCUGCACCCCCAGCCCUGGAUCAAAGCCACCAGCAGCACCGCCAUCAUCUCGUCCACCCUGAGCCAGUGCCACGACCACGACGACUAGCCCGCCUGCGCCGCCUCCAUGUUUUAGCCAAAUAUCGACGGUGGUCGUUUGUCUCAUCGCGUUUAAUUCAAAGGGCGUUUGUGGACGGAAACAAACAAACUGUGAGAAACGAGCGAACAUCCUCCACUCAAUUCAGAUAUUUUUUAAAAAACCCAACACCUACAGUGCUUAACGAGAUUUCUUUGUAAUUUAUUUUCUAUUUAUUCCUGUUCUUGGCCUUAAUGUAUUUAGAGACGCGCAGUCAGAAGAUAUUUCCUAUAAUUAUUCUGCAUCUAUAGUGCGAGGAAACGGUUAGUUUAGUGGUAGUUAGCAGUCAGAAUGCCGCACUACGUUGAUAUAUCUCUGAAUAAUGUCUUUGCCAUAAAUAUUCAGGUGAACGAGGGACGUGAAAACGAGCCUAAAAAACAAACAGAACUUUUCUUUCAGUGUUAAUAGAGUUAAAGAAAAAGUAUUUAAGAUUAAAUACAGAAAUUAGCAUUUCUAGUUCAGAUUUUAGUAUUUUCAUGCUGAUGCCUGUUGAUAAAGUUUGAGUAUUCAUGGUAUCGUCAUCAUCGCAGGUUUUGUAUUUUUAUUUGUUGUGACACCAGAUGAACUUUUUAAAUGUUUGUUUUCUCUCUCAAUGAUGCACAGACAAAAUUCUCCUAAAUUAGAAUCAAAAGAUUUACUCUUAAUUUAAAUUCUCAGGAAGUAACAUGGAAAUAGCCUCAUUUAUUCAUGCUUUCUAGUGAAGUGGGUGGGGCCAGAUGUUUAGUGAUGUCACGAUUUCUUGUAGGAAGCAACAGUCUGUAAAUAUAGAACAUCAAAAAUGUAGAGUUUAAUUACUUCUGAGCUGAAUGAACACAAUUAGCACUAUUUUUUUUUAGUUGGCUAACAAACACGCUAAUUGGCUAGCUUGAUGAGAUGUUGUAGUGUCCGUGUUAGCUAGCUUACAAGCUGUAUCUGGCUGUACAGGCGAGUGUAGAAGUUGUACACAAUCAUGUUCUGCCAGUCACUCAUGCUGGAACAAGGUUGCGGUUUCACCAAACCGGGACUGGAACUAGCAGCUGUGCACUGGAUGUGGAUCGUCCCUCUUUUCAGUUGAUUAUUAUUUUUUUCGUAGCAUUAAUUUGUUUGUAAAAGUAUUUUGGUUUUGCGUCUUCAGAGAAGGAAAAAAAAAUUCUUGUGCUGCAGAAAACAAACAUUUGAAACAUUUAUCAGCCAUUUCAUCUUUUCCCCUUUAACCAGUUAAAAAUAUGCCAAAAACCUUUCUUUGUACAGGGGGCGCUCUCUCCCCCCUCCGCCUGCCAUUUUUUUUUUUUUUUACCUGUUAAUUUCACAAAAUGAACACUGCCUCAAGGACAAAUUGUUCGAUCCAGGGUUUUUGUCAUUGUUCUAUUUCUAGACACCAAUCUGUGGCCACGUUGCGACCGUCGGACCUGCGGGUGGAACGCGGCGUCCUCCUGGUUCAGCAUCACUGACAAAAAUCUGCAGAGAAUCAGGCCGGCACUGUGUGUCCCGCUCGGUCCGUUUUGUCUCGCUAGUCUUCCUGCUGGUCCACAUAAGUAUUACAAACAUAGAUUUAAUCAUUUUUAUGGUUUUGUAUUAAUCUGUUGAUGCACAAAUACAACAACGCCGCCUUUGAAAACAAAGCGAUGGUUCUGUUUCCAUCAUAUCCCGCUCACAGCUUUGGACUCUGGAAAGGUUCUGAAGUGUUGGAGAAGCCCCAUGUACACGGCACCUCAAAAGAAUUAAAAACAGCUGAGGCGUGACCGCAAGAACAAACCACGAGCAAUACAAAUAAACGUCUUUCCCCCCCAAAGCAUUUUCCAUUUUAGUCACAACAGAAGUUAUUUAAGCGACAUUUCAGUGCAGUAAAUAACGAUAAAAAGUAUUUUCUGAAUGUAAAGUUUAAGCUACAAUAAAUAAAUCAGGACUGAUCAUAUUUUCACACUGAAUUCUGUCAAAUCAAAUACUGAGAUUUUUUUAAAAAAUGUAGGUAUCUAUUUAACAUCUUUUCACAUCUGAGUGGAUUUUAGCCACUGACUUUAUUCAUUUAAACUUUAUUUAACCAGGUUAGUCCCUUUGAGAUUGAGAUCUUUUUGCAAGAGAGACCUGAACAAUUACAAAGUUUCAAAUUCACCUAAUUUGCGUGUCUCUAAACCUGCACUUGAAACACCAGAGUGCUGAAAUCAUUAACCUGUUUCCAGACGGGAAGUUAAACCAGCUGCGCUCAAUUGUCCACAAUGACGCAGAAUUCAGAGUUCAGCUGUAAGGUCACAACAGGUCACACUGCAGCGGCAAAAAUAUACCAGAACGUGAACAUAAAAUUAGUAAUUCAAUAUUUACAUCUCAAAAAAAAAAAAUUUUCAGAACGCUAGCCGAAAUGAAACUUACUUAAAAUGCCUUAACUCAUUUUUUAAAUGGUUUGUUAGAUUUAUUGAUCAAGUGAUAUUUUCUGUGAUUUCUGAUCAAAACCUUGAUUCUUGCUUAUUUAUUGUAGCUGUUUCUCAUUACUUUUUUUGAUGACCACAUACUGUUAGUGUCUCCAGAGUUAAUUUUGAUGAUCUGCUUUAUCACUGUUGCGCUCUAGCGUUUGAAAUGGAAAAUGCUUUGGAUUUUUUUUUGUGUGUGUGUGUGUGACAUUUGAUGAUGUUUUAUGUUCGAGCCCCAUCACUCAAAACUCUUAGCUACACACUAACUGUAUUUAGUAUGUUUUUUUUUUUUAAUCCAUUGUGUACACAGAGCCUGUAACUGCCCGGAGAGGGGGAAAAAAAAAAAAGAUUAUCUUUUUAGAGAAGCAGUAAAAUGUACCGUGACGAGACCACAUGAUCUUUCUAUGAUAUAAAAACCAAAACAUCCAUCAGAAUUUCCUCUGUCAUUAUAACAUUAAAAAUUACUAUUUUUGAGCAAAACUUAAAAUUGCUCUUUUAAUUAAACAAAAAAAAAAAGCCUCAAAAAAGAAAAAAAAUGUAAACAUUUUAAAUGUUAAUGUUGAUUUUGAAACACUUUUUAUUUUAACUCAAAUUUUGCUGUUGUCGUUUAAGUUACAAUACUUUUUUUUUCCUCUGUAAAUUUAAUAUUUUGGACUGUUGGGUGGAUAAAAUUAACACUUUUAUAAGCUGAUCAUUUGUGCCACGAUGAUAAUGAUUAGUUGUGGCGUAAAAUUUGGUUCCAGGCUUUGUGUACAGCAGAGGAAUGAGAACAACAAAUAAAACUCCAGUGGGAUUGUGGGACUUAGUGUUGUGUGUGAUGAUAUUUGACACUCACCCGACGGUCAGACUGAUCCUGUAUCGGUGUGCCACGUCCUUCAUGCUCCACACGGUCCGUCUGUAGAAAUCUUCUCCGGGAGAAACUGUGCUGCGCUUUAACAGAUCUAUUUUAAUACACAACUUCACAAUUUGAACAAACCACAACAGCAUUUUUAUAUUCUUUUAGCAAAGAACCAGAACUUUGGACUUUUUUAAUGCGUUGCCAGUUCUGCAUUCUUACUUCAAGCUUGCAAAGGUGGAUGAUUCAGCUUGCCAUGAGGGGACGACGGCGAGACAGGAUGUUUGUUUUUGUCACGAUAAAAAGACGACUGUCCGCUGGACCGUGUGUAUAGAAAGUGUUUGUCUUAAAUAUGCCAAUGUAGUUUCUUUUUCUUCUUUAUGAUGCAUUAAAAAGUGGAUCAACGGAAGUCGGUAAACGGUAAAGAGUAGUCUCACUUUUUGUACCAAGUUCUUAC